CUACUAUCCAAAAUGAAGUUCUCCAACGCUGCUGCUCUCGGCCUCAUGGGCUGUGCCCUGGCCCUGCCCAAGCACAUCGAGGGCGGCAACCGUCAGUCUCUCCCUAACUUGCCAUCCGGCUUCCCCAUCCCAUCCGGCACUCCGUCCGACGGCCAGCCCCAGGAGGGCGGCGAGGGUAGCUUCCCCUUUCCUGGUCCUAGCGGUACAUUCCCCUCCGGCUUCCCCACUCCUUCCGGCGGCGCUGGCUUCCCUGGCCCCAGCGGACAGCCCGGUUUCCCUGCUCCUUCCGGCGGUGCGGGAUUCCCUGUUCCAAGCGGACAGCCCGACUUCCCUGCCUCCUCCGGCGGUGCAGGAUUCCCCGGACAGCCAUUCGACAAGCGGGACGACGGCGAAGGUUUCCCCUUCCCCGACCCCAGCAGCCUCCCCGUUCCCUCCGGAGUUCCCUCUGGCAUUCCUUCCGGCAUUCCAUCCGGCUUCCCUAUCCCCUCCGGCUUCCCCAUUCCCUCGGGCUCACCCUCCAACGGCUCCCCAUUCGGCGGCUUCCAGAAACAACAAAACCAGGACACCGACGACGAGGGCGAGGGUGACGAUGACGACGACGAGUCAUCCAUCCCCACCCCCUCCGGAGCCCCCGACUCCGCUCCCAGCGGCGAGCCCGACUUCCCCGCUCCAUCCGGGGGUGCUGGCUUCCCUACUCCCAGCGGCGGUCCGGUUCCUUCUGGCGCCGCUCCCAGUGGUUUCCCCGGCGGUCACCACGGUGAAGGCCACCAUGGAGGUAAGGGUAACGGUAACGGUCAUCAUGGCAAGGGUGGUCACGGCCCUAAGCCUACUGGAACCCUGCCUUCGGGCUUCCCUCAGCCUUCUGGUGGCUCUCGUCCCACUCCGUCUGGGGGUUUCCCUGCCCCUAGUGGUGGGGCGUUUCCUUUCUUUGCUUAGGUGAUUUCUCUUUCACUCUCUGAGUGAGUGUGUGUGUGUGCCUUGGGUAAGGGGUUGAGAUUGGGUUUUAGGGUGUGAGUUUGAAUGUGAAUGGAAUUGUGGGGUUGGGGGAGUGGUG